GCCAUGGGUUCAGUCCUCGAGCACAAGCUGGUGAGCAAUGCACGGAGCAGACUUAUAACCAGCUUACAUCAUCUUCAUCAUGAAGAUAACCACGGUGCAGGUACUUCUGAGCCUGGCUCUUUGCCUCAUACAAGAUGCUGCCAGUAUGAAUGAAAAUCAGGAUGCGUGCAGUGAAUUUCGGGUAUUGAUGAAAAAUGGGAAGCUGUUCUGUUCCCAGGAUAAAAAACUUCUUCAGAGCCCUGACGGAAUAAUGUUCCUCAACAAAUGCGCCACAUGCAAAAUGAUACUGGAAAAUGAAGCCAAAACCCAGAAAAGGGCCACGCAUUUAGCAAGAGCCACUGGAGCCACUGCCCCCGCAAAGUUGAAUUGCGAUGAUUUCAGGAAAGGAGAAAGAGAUGGGGAUUUUAUCUGUACCUUUGAUAAUGCAGCUGUGUGUGGCACAGAUGGGAAAACUUACAGCAACAGAUGUGCCCUGUGUGCUGAGAACAUUAAAACCAGGUCCCAAGUCGGCAUAAAAAACGAAGGGGAGUGUGAAAGCAGUAAUCCAGAGCAGGAUGUUUGUAGUGCUUUUCGGCCUUAUGUGAGGGAUGGAAGACUUGGGUGCACGAGGGAAAAUGAUCCAGUCCGUGGCCCUGAUGGAAGGACGCAUGGCAAUAAGUGUGUGAUGUGUGCUGAGCUGUUCUUAAAAGAAGCUGAAGAAAAUAGAAAGCGACACGAUGAAACCAGAAUUCGACGAAGUGCUGAAAAGGAUUUUUGCAAAGAAUAUGAAGACCAAGUGAAGAAUGGAAGGCUUUAUUGUACCCGGGAGAGUGACCCAGUCCGUGGCCCCGAUGGCAGGAUGCAUGGCAACAAAUGUGCCCUGUGUGCAGACAUUUUAAUACGGCGUUUUUCAGAAGAAAAACAUAAAGCAGAUGAAAACCUGAGAAAGGCUGAAGAAAAAGUUAAAGUUAAAAGAGAAAUCGAGAAACUCUGCAGCGAAUAUAAGGGUCAUUCGAAGAAUGGAAUACUUUUCUGUACCAGAGAAAAUGACCCUGUUCGUGGUCCAGAUGGGAAAAUGCAUGGCAACUUGUGUUCCAUGUGUCAAGCCUUCUACCAAGCAGAAGCACAAGAAAAGAAAAAGGCAGAAGCAAGGAAUAAGAGAGAACCUGGAAAAGCACCUUCGUUUGCAGAGUUGUGCAGUGAAUACCGCAAGUAUGUGAGGAAUGGCAAACUGCCUUGCACCAGAGAGAACGACCCCAUCCAGGGCCCAGAUGGGAAAAUGCAUGGCAACACCUGCUCUAUGUGUGAGGUCUUCUUCCAAGCAGAAGAAGAAGAAAAGAAAAAGAAGGAAACUGAAUCGAGAAAUAAAAGACAAUCUGAGACAACUUCCUUUGAGGAAUUGUGCAGUGAAUACCGCAAGUAUGUGAGGAGUGGCAAACUGCCUUGCACCAGAGAGAAUGACCCCAUCCAGGGCCCAGAUGGGAAAAUGCAUGGCAACACCUGUUCCAUGUGUGAGGUCUUCUUUCAACAACAAGAAAGAGCAAGAACAAAGGCUAAAAGAGAAGCUGCAAAGGAAGAAGAGAAGAAAAAUAAUGACAAGGAAGAAAAGGAGAAAGGUGAAGCUGAGAAAUUUAAGAGAGAAGCAGUACAGGCUAUGCCUCAGAUCUUUAUUACUUAUUUCCUUUAUCCUUUUCUAAUUUGGAAGAUCUCAUUUCUUCUCCCUACUCUUACAUUUGCAUCCUACAAUCUACUCUCAACUCUAAAGCCAACGGAAAAACAAGCAGGUGGAAAAAAUACAUAUUCUGGCUAUAGAGCAAAUGGGACUGAAUCAGCAUCAGGAAAGGAUCCCUGUGAUGAAUAUAGAGGCCAAAUGAAAAAUGGACAACUUCUCUGCACCCGAGAAAGUGAUCCUGUCCGUGAUUCAAAUGGCAAGACACAUGGAAAUAAAUGUGCAAUGUGUAAGGAAAAACUUUCUUCAGACCAGACUAUUAACAUCUUGCUUUGCUCCUUUUGGCAGGACCAGUGCCAUGAAUUCCGGAGCAUGUUGAGAGAUGGAAAGCUCAUCUGCACCAGAGAAAACAACCCCGUCCGAGGUCCAUAUGGGAAGAUGCACGUCAACAAGUGUGCAAUGUGCCAGAGCAUCUUUGACCGAGAAGCUAGUGACAGAAAAAAGAAUGAUGAAGAAAAAUCACACAACAAAACUUCAAAUGAUAAAAAGGACCAGUGCAAAGAGGUUCAGAAAGGAACAGAGAAUGGAAAGUCUGGGCAGUCUGGGCGUUCCUUGGCCUCCGUUGCCAGGAUAAGUGCUGACGAGUGCGCUAACUUCCGGGGGUCCCUAAGGAAUGACGAGCUCCUUUGCACUCGGGAGAAUGACCCUGUGCGUGGUGCUGAUGGAAAGUUGUAUAAGAACAAGUGCUACAUGUGCAGAACUGUCUUUCAAAAAGAAGCUUUGGAAAGGGCAAGACUUCAAGAAAGGCCAUCCCAACCUAGAUCUUCCAGUGAGGAAGACUGCCCAGAUUCCCCCAAAUCUUCUCUGGAUUCUGAGAUGUGCAAACACUAUAGAGUAUUGCCCAAGAUGGGUUACCUUUGCCCAAAGAAUUUACAGCCUGUCUGUGGUGAUGAUGGCCAGACAUACAACAAUCCAUGCAUGCUCUGUCAUGAAAACCUAAUACGCCAGACUAAUACACGCAUACGCAGCGAAGGGCCGUGUGAGCAGAAUAGCCCCCCAGAAACAACACCCCUCAGUGUGCCAGCAUCUGUCAAAUGAUGUGAGGAUUGGUGAAAGCCAUGAGGGACCAUUUAUAUCUUGAUUCUGAAUUGCCUACCUUCACCAUCUGUAUAUACAAAGAAUUCUUCAGAGCUCGUCUUUAUUUACUAUAGAAAACAAUAGAGACUGUUGGGGGAAUGGACUUGCUGACUUCCAGUCUUCUCCAUCUCUUUCCUCCUAGAUUCUGCGAUCAGAGGGCACAGAGACAUCCCCAUCCAGUCUGUGCUCUGCAGACCCCUGAUCACAAUGCUGUCUGUCCAAUUACUUGUUCAAUAAAAGUAAACCCAGCAGAA